GAGUAGUGCCUUAAACCCUGUGGAUAAAGUUCCGGGUGCUACUAGACAAAUGCGUUGACAUGUCAUCGUGCUAGUAAAGGUAUUUUAUGUCACACCACCAAGUCUUCCUACUACCCCUUCGCCCUCGAGGACCUCCUUCGAGCUACAACGCUCUUCAAGUUGUCCCACAAUCAUGUCCUCGUCGGCUUUGCGGCCGCCUGCGGUCAGCAUGAGCUGUCGGUCAUACAAGUCCCAGCUGUUAAUGUCUCGGCGCUGCCGUCAAUCAAUUGCUUCGAACCUUCGUUUGUUCCAUUGCUCUGCGUAUCGUAGAAGUGAAACUCAGUCAUCGAAAAAUCCCGGAAUACCAUAUUCAUCUCUAUCUGUUGGGGCGCCCCGAGAAACAUAUCCAAACGAACGCCGCGUAGCGCUCACUCCGCAAAACGUCGCUUUAUUGAAAAAGAAGGGCUUCUCCAGCGUAUUCGUUGAACGGGAGGCUGGUGCCCACGCCAAAUUCUUAGACGAAGAUUAUAUCAAAGCUGGAGCCACGUUGGUUUCCAGGGAUGAGCUCCUCAACACGGCAGAUAUUUUGCUGAAAGUGCGGCCUCCAUCUCAAGAAGAUGAGGCGAAGCGCUUCAGUGAAGGUAGUACAAUCAUCUCAUUUUUAUACCCAGCCCAGAACAAGUCACUCGUGGAGACACUUGCCUCUCGCAAACUUAAUGUCUUUGCCAUGGACAUGAUUCCCCGCAUAUCGCGCGCGCAGACGUUUGAUGCAUUGAGUUCGAUGGCAAAUAUUGCUGGAUACAAGGCUGUCCUAGAGGCAGCCAACCAUUUUGGUCGAUAUUUAACAGGUCAAGUUACGGCUGCUGGAAAGGUUGCUCCAGGCAAGGUUUUGGUUAUCGGUGCUGGUGUCGCAGGUCUUAGCGCUAUCGCUACGGCUCGUCGUCUUGGUGCUAUAGUUCGUGGAUUUGACACCCGGUCAGCUGCCCGUGAACAAGUACAGUCGCUUGGUGCGGAGUUCCUCGAAGUAGAUAUUACAGAGGAGGGCGGCGGAGCCGGCGGGUAUGCAAAGGAGAUGUCCAAGGAGUUCAUUGAGGCUGAAAUGGCGUUGUUUAUGGAACAAUGCAAGGAUGUCGACAUCGUCAUCACAACGGCUUUGAUUCCGGGUAAACCUGCGCCAAAGUUAAUCACGAAUGAGAUGGUCGCGGCGAUGAAGCAAGGCUCUGUUAUUGUAGAUCUGGCAGCUGAGGCAGGUGGUAACUGUGAGGCAACAAAACCUGGAGAGCUCAUUGUCAAGAAUGGUGUCACUGUGAUCGGCUAUACGGAUCUUCCUUCGCGCCUGCCGACGCAAUCAUCGGCCUUGUAUUCUAACAACAUCACCAAGUUCUUGUUAUCCAUAGGGGAGAACGGACGCUUCAAUGUGGACCUAAACGACGAAGUUGUCAGAGGGUCGAUUGUAGUCCACAAGGGUGAAAUUUUGCCACCAGCUCCUCGACCUGUCCCGCCUCCCGCUACGGCCCCUCCAGCCUCGAAGGUCGAGGAGGUACAGACUAAAGUUAUCACUCCCUGGCAAAAAGCUACCCGGGAAGUAGCCACGGUGACUGCGGGAAUGGGCUCGACUGUCGCGUUGGGAAAAAUCACUAGUGCUGCAUUUAUGAGUAACUUCUUCACAUUUGGUCUCGCUGGUUUGGUUGGAUACCGAGUUAUUUGGGGCGUUGCUCCUGCCUUGCACUCACCCUUGAUGUCCGUUACCAAUGCAAUAUCAGGAAUGGUCGGUGUCGGUGGUUUGUUUGUCAUGGGUGGGGGUUAUCUACCCGAGACUAUCCCACAGUUUCUGGGUGCCCUGUCAGUGCUUCUCGCAAGCAUUAACGUUGCUGGAGGCUUCGUUAUUACAAAGCGUAUGCUGGAUCUUUUCAAGAGACCAACUGAUCCUCCUGAGUUCUCGUGGCUCUAUGGUGUUCCUGCUGUGGUGUUUACCGGGGCUUUCUUGACUGCAGCAAGUACAGGCAUGGCUGGCCUUGUACAAGCGGGCUACUUGACAAGCAGUGUACUAUGCAUCGGGUCCUUGGCCGGUCUGUCAUCCCAAGCCACUGCACGUCAAGGUAACGCACUUGGUAUACUCGGUGUUUUGUCGGGUAUUGUUGCAUCCCUGUUGGCGGUCGGAUUUUCUCCCGCCAUACUUGCCCAAUUCGCUGGAGUUGCUGCUCUAGGUGGUACAGUUGGAGCUAUCAUCGGAAGACGGAUCACUGCAACCGAAUUGCCACAGAUGGUGGCGGCCUUGCAUUCGGUCGUUGGGCUCGCUGCGGUCUUCACGUCUAUUGCAAGUGUCCUCGCGGACCCAUUACACGUGUCCACGCUUCACCAGGUUACUGCUUAUCUUGGAGUCGUCAUUGGUGGUAUUACCUUCACAGGUUCCAUCGUAGCAUUUUUUAAAUUGGCAGGAAAGAUGAGCUCCAGGCCACUGAUGUUACCGGGAAGACAUCUGGUUAACGCCGGUCUGCUGGGCGCCAACGCUCUCACUAUGGCUGCAUUCUUGAAAGCAGGACCUGCUGUACCUCUUGUCGCCGCUGGUUACUUGGGAGCCAGCACGCUCCUCAGUUUCUUGAAAGGCUUCACCACCACAGCCGCAAUUGGAGGCGCUGAUAUGCCCGUCGUCAUCACGGUAUUAAAUGCAUACUCUGGAUUUGCGCUAGUGGCCGAAGGUUUCAUGUUGGAUAAUCCACUCCUUACCACCGUCGGUUCGCUCAUUGGUGUCAGCGGUUCCAUCCUCUCGUACAUCAUGUGCGUUGCGAUGAACAGAUCGCUGACUAACGUAUUAUUUGGCGGCAUCGGUACUAUCGCACCUUCAGAAAGUACAAAGAUCGAGGGAACCAUCACUAAAACAAACAUAGACGAAACUGUGGAAACCCUUGUUAAUGCCGACAGUGUGAUUUUGGUCGUCGGAUAUGGCAUGGCCGUUGCCAAAGCCCAGUACGCGAUUUCUGAAAUAUGCUCCAUCCUCCGUGCAAAAGGGGUCAACGUCCGUUUUGCCAUUCAUCCCGUUGCGGGACGUAUGCCUGGCCAAUGCAACGUUCUGCUGGCGGAGGCCUCAGUUCCCUAUGACAUCGUCCUCGAGAUGGACGAGAUUAACGAUGAUUUCGGCGAUACCGACGUUACACUCGUGAUAGGUGCCAACGACACUGUAAACCCGAUCUCCCUCGAGCCUGGUUCUCCGAUCGCCGGUAUGCCGGUUCUUCAUGCAUGGAAGAGCAAACAGGUUAUUGUGAUGAAACGAGGAAUGUCGAGUGGUUAUGCUGACGUUCCAAACCCGAUGUUCUACAUGCCCAACACUAGGAUGUUGUUUGGGGAUGCGAAAGACUCCUGUGAGGCUAUCAAGAGGGGACUGGGUUCACGAAACUGAGUGGUCUCUUCCUAUUCAUUACAAAUCUCAUUUGUAGGCGCGUUGUUGACCUGCCCUAUCGUUACACUUCCAUAUUGUUAUGUGGCAUUGGGAUAAACGUUCGUUUGUGACCUUAUGCACAGGGACCUUCGCUCGAACGUCGUAGUAUCAUAUAUCUAUCGUAUCCGCUAGUCACGUUUUCGAGUUCGGUUAAAUACGGAGGUUAGU